UCCAGGCUCAAAAAAAAAAAAAAAAAGACAUUAGCGACAUCGAGCGAUUCGGCGGCGGCGCGCAGGCGUGAAGCUGCGGCGGCCGGCGCUGGGCGCAGGAAACACCGCGGAGGCGCGGGACCGGCGCGGCGAGGCGGCUUCGCGUCUCUGUAACCUGUAGAAGUCGGCUGGAGCGGAGGCGUGGGCUGCGCCUGCGCGGACUGCGGCGGCCGACGAAGGCAACCCAACGUCCGGCCACCCCUACAAGUCGGCCGUGCCCGAUAAGGAUUUGCUUUUUCUUCGACCUUGACUAGUCAAAAUCCUGAGCGCACCACUCCAGGGAACCUCCCUGCCCGGCCACCGCUCGCCGCAUCAGUCCGGAGGAACUGCUCCCCUUCAAUUCAUUGCUCCGCCGCUGCAGUGUAUGCCAAGAUGCAAGGUGGGGAGAAGGAGAGGGUGACCAUGGAGGUCACCGACGAGAUGAUCAAGACCAUGGAGGUCGGCUUGGCCUUCCGGGACUAUAAUGGCAGAAUUAGUUCUAUGGAUUUUCACAGCAAGGCUACAAACUAUUUUGUGACAGCCAGUGAUGAUGAAUCAAUACGCCUAUAUGACAUUCAAAGUGCUGUAUGUUUGAAGACCAUUAAUAGCAAAAAAUAUGGGGUUGAAUUGGUGUGCUUCACUACGAACCCAAGUCUUGUCCUGUAUUCCUCGAAGAAUGGCUGGGAUGAAUCUCUGCGGCUGCUCUCUCUGAAUGAUAACCGGUUUGUAAGAUAUUUCAAAGGCCAUCUUGACAGGGUUGUUGCUAUGUCGUUAUGCUAUGAGAAAGAUAGUUUUCUUUCUGCUUCACUUGAUCGAACUGUUCUCCUUUGGGAUCUGAGGGCCGACAAAGCACAGGGCUUACUGCGUGUGCAAGGGAGGCCUGCAGUUUCAUAUGAUGAUCAGGGUUUAGUUUUUGCAGUUGCGUACGGUGGUUUCAUAAGGAUGUUUGAUGCUCGAAAAUUCGAGAAGGGGCCUUUUGAUAUUAUCUCUGUUGGUAAUGAUGAUUCUGAAGCCAAUGUCAUAAAGUUCAGCAGUGAUGGACGGCGUCUACUUUUGACCACCAAAGCAGGGCAUAUUCAUGUGCUAGAUUCAUUUCAUGGAAACCAUAUAGCAACUUUCAAAGUAAAACCAGCUGUCACCAAUUCAACAUUGGAGGCAUCAUUCAGCCCUGAUGGAAACCAUGUCAUAUCUGGCUCUGGUGAUGGUAGCGUUUAUGCUUGGAGUGUUAGAAGUGGAAAGAAAGUAGCACGCUGGGGAAGCACAGAUAAUGAACCACCAUUGGUUAGGUGGGCUCCAGGAUCAUUGAUGUUCUUGACUGGAUCUUCAGAACUAUCCUGCUGGGUCCCAGACCUAUCCAAGCUGGGAUCGUUUGCCGUUACUAAGUAAAUUCGAACGAUAUGAGAUUGAUUACCUCAUUACCAUUAUUCUGGCAUACGAGUGAUCGGUGCAGCUUUAUCAAGUAAGCAUAUCUAGGUAGCAAUGGUGUUCAGACUUUCUAGUUGACACUCAGCUCUGAAUAUGAGGAACAAUAGGCAAUAGUGUUGUAUGUGUAGAUGUUCACUUUUUAUCUUGAUGUAUCAUUGUGUUUUUUAUGACACAAUUUGCCUUCAUAGAGUGUAUAAUUGUAAAGUAAGCUCUUCAUUGCGCACAGGCGGGAUGCUUACUUGAAACUCUCACACUGCAUGAAGAGGUUUUAACGAUUACCAUGUUUUAGUGUUGUUCCAUCAUGUAGGGCUGCAUGAUGUCAGUAGCUGAUAUUAUUAAUUGGGUGAGUAGAUGUGCAAAUUUUUUUUUGUAGCGGCAUACCCUUGCACCAAUUCACCUUUGUAACGAGGUGAACUUGUGACAUUUAUGUUUGAAGAUGCCUUCAUAGUUAGGGCACUUGGUUACCAAGUAUGUGUUUGUGAUGUCUUGAUGAUAAUACACGUGGCCUGCAAGUUAGUGAUGUAUUUGGGGCUGGAUGGCCAAUCAAGGAUGGAACAAUUUGUUGAUGACUGGCUACAGUAAUGUCUUAACCUCUCUUCAAUCUUCCCAA